AUGGAGGCUAUUCUUCUUCGUCAGGGAGCUUAUUGCGUGAAUCGUUGUUUCCGGGGUUUCUUAAAAACAUCCUGUGUUCGCUUCGCUGCAACAACUGCUACCGCAACUUUUAGCAAAACUAGAAGUGAAGGUCUUCGCAUUGGUGUACCAAAGGAGAUGUUCCCUAAUGAAAAAAGGGUUUCUCUCACUCCUAAUGCUGUAAAAACCCUAACAGGCAAAGGCUUUAGCCUGAUUGUCCAAGCCGGAGCAGGAGUAUCAGCACAAUAUCCUGACUCAGAUUACGUGAAAGCCGGUGCAAAGCUAAUUGAAAGUGGUGCAAAAGACCUCUACGCACAAAGCGAUGUGGUUCUAAAAGUUCGUUCCCCUCUGAUUGACAAAGAAGUGAACUUGCUCAACACGAACAGUACUCUUAUUUCCAUGGUUUAUCCGGCGCAAAAUAAGGAACUUGUUGAUAAACUUGCGGAGCGAAAGAUCACUUUACUGGCACUGGAUUGUAUUCCACGUAUUAGCCGAGCUCAGGCCUUCGAUGUACUUUCCAGUAUGGCAAAUAUCGCUGGUUAUAAGGCAGUUAUUGAAGCUGCCUCGCAUUACAGCAAUUUUUUUGCUGGACAAAUAACUGCCGCUGGCCGUAUUCCUCCCGCCAAAGUCCUGGUAGUUGGGGGUGGUGUGGCCGGUCUGUCCGCUGUGGCGACGGCGCGGGGUCUUGGUGCGACGGUGCGCGCUUUCGACACUCGCGAAGCAGUCCGCGAACAAGUGGAGUCCUUAGGUGCUGAAUUCCUCACCAUUCAAUUCAAGGAGGCGGGAGAAGGUGGUGGUGGCUACGCAAAGGAGAUGUCAAAGGAGUUCCUCGACGCAGAAAUGGCACUUUUUGCAAAGCAAGCCAAGGAAGUGGAUAUUAUCAUCACCAGCGCUCUCAUUCCUGGCAAGCCAGCACCCAAACUCAUCACCAAGGUGAGCACAUCAUACACGUUUGUGCAUGCACAUCGCCGCGUGAGCGGUUCACCCAUCUAG